UGUGCGUUCGGCACUGAAGAGGGGACCCGGAGAGCAGUCCGGGCUCGGCGCGCGGCGGAGCUGCGGCUGUUCCUGCUGCUGGGGGAGCGGCGAGGGGGCCGCCUGGCGCCUCCCGGACUUCCCAAGUGGGGGCAGAGCAGCCGCUCCCCGAGCCGCCAGUUAGAAGGCAGGGGCACGGAGGGGCCGCCAAACUCCUCCUCGGCGUCUCCUCUCCACCCCCUCUUGGCUCCUGCCCUUGGAGAAAGUGGCGUGUGGCUCUCGGUCAUCAUUAUUUCUUCGGGCUGCUUCGUGGGUGCACGGAUUCGGCGGCUGCCCAGCGGGGCUCUGCGCUCCUGGCGCGUCUCCCCGAGUGGUUCCGCCCGGCACACCUCUGUCGACGAUGAGGAAAGGUCUGCGGGCGACAGCGGCCCGCUGCGGACUGGGACUGGGAUACGUGCUGCAGAUGCUCGUGCUACCUGCCCUGGCCCUGCUCAGUGCCAGCGGCACCGGCUCGGCCGCUCAAGACGACGACUUUUUUCAUGAACUCCCAGAAACCUUUCCAUCUGAUCCACCUGAACCUCUACCACAUUUUCUUAUUGAGCCUGAAGAAGCUUACAUCGUGAAGAAUAAGCCUGUGAACCUGUAUUGUAAAGCCAGUCCUGCCACCCAGAUCUACUUCAAGUGUAAUAGUGAAUGGGUUCAUCAGAAGGAUCACAUAGUAGACGAGAGAGUAGAUGAAACCUCUGGUCUCAUUGUCCGGGAAGUAAGCAUUGAGAUUUCACGCCAGCAAGUGGAAGAACUCUUUGGGCCCGAAGAUUACUGGUGUCAGUGUGUGGCCUGGAGUUCGGCAGGCACGACAAAGAGCAGGAAGGCCUAUGUGCGCAUCGCAUAUCUAAGGAAGACAUUUGAGCAGGAACCCCUGGGAAAGGAAGUAUCCUUGGAACAGGAAGUCUUGCUGCAGUGUCGACCACCUGAAGGGAUCCCAGUGGCUGAAGUGGAAUGGUUGAAAAAUGAAGACAUAAUUGAUCCUGUUGAAGAUCGGAAUUUUUAUAUCACUAUUGAUCAUAACCUCAUCAUAAAGCAGGCCCGCCUCUCAGACACCGCAAACUAUACUUGUGUUGCCAAAAACAUCGUUGCCAAGAGGAAAAGCACGACUGCAACCGUCAUAGUCUACGUCAAUGGUGGCUGGUCCACCUGGACAGAGUGGUCUGUGUGUAAUAGCCGCUGUGGACGAGGGUAUCAGAAACGCACAAGGACCUGCACCAACCCAGCACCACUCAAUGGUGGUGCCUUCUGUGAAGGCCAGAGUGUGCAGAAAAUAACCUGUACCACCUUAUGCCCAGUGGAUGGCAGGUGGACUUCAUGGAGCAAGUGGUCUACCUGUGGGACCGAGUGCACACACUGGCGCAGGAGGGAGUGCACGGCGCCCGCCCCCAAGAAUGGAGGCAAGGACUGUGAUGGCCUCGUCUUGCAAUCCAAGAACUGCACUGAUGGGCUUUGCAUGCAGAGUUUCCUUUAUCCUAUUUCAACUGAACAGAGAACCCAGAAUGAAUAUGGAUUUUCUUCUGCUCCCGACUCAGAUGAUGUUGCUCUGUAUGUUGGAAUUGUGAUAGCUGUGAUAGUUUGCCUGGCCAUUUCUGUAGUUGUGGCCCUGUUUGUGUAUCGCAAGAAUCAUCGCGACUUUGAGUCUGAUAUUAUUGAUUCUUCGGCACUCAAUGGAGGCUUUCAGCCUGUGAACAUCAAGGCAGCAAGACAAGAUCUCCUGGUGGUACCGCCAGACCUCACAUCGGCUGCAGCCAUGUACAGAGGACCGGUGUAUGCUUUGCAUGAUGUCUCAGACAAAAUCCCAAUGACUAACUCUCCGAUUCUGGAUCCACUGCCCAACCUGAAAAUCAAAGUAUAUAACACCUCGGGUGCAGUCACCCCCCAGGAUGACCUCUCUGAGUUUGCAUCAAAGCUGUCUCCUCAGAUGACCCAAUCCUUGUUAGAAAACGAGGCCCUGCAUGUGAAGAAUCAGAGUCUCGCAAGGCAGACUGACCCAUCCUGUACCGCAUUUGGCACAUUCAACUCUCUCGGGGGUCACCUUAUUGUUCCUAAUUCAGGAGUAAGCUUGCUGAUUCCCGCUGGGGCCAUUCCCCAAGGGAGAGUCUACGAAAUGUAUGUGACUGUACACAGGAAAGAAAAUAUGAGGCCACCCAUGGAAGACACUCAGACACUCUUGACUCCUGUGGUGAGCUGUGGACCUCCAGGAGCCCUGCUGACUCGCCCGGUCAUCCUCACUAUGCAUCACUGCGCAGAUCCCAAUACCGAAGACUGGAAGAUACAGCUCAAGAACCAAGCAGCACAGGGACAGUGGGAGGAUGUGGUAGUGGUUGGGGAGGAAAACUUCACCACCCCCUGCUACAUUCAGCUGGACGCAGAGGCUUGCCACCUCCUCACAGAGAACCUCAGUACCUAUGCCCUGGUUGGGCAGUCCACCACCAAAGCUGCUGCAAAGCGCCUGAAGCUGGCCAUCUUCGGGCCACUUUGCUGCUCCUCUCUGGAGUACAGUGUUCGAGUCUACUGUCUGGAUGACACCCAGGAUGCCCUGAAGGAAGUAUUGCAGCUUGAGAGACAGAUGGGAGGACAGCUCCUAGAAGAACCUAAGGCUCUUCAUUUUAAAGGCAGCACCCACAACUUGCGCUUGUCGAUUCAUGAUAUCACCCAUUCCCUCUGGAAAAGUAAAUUGCUGGCAAAGUAUCAGGAAAUUCCUUUUUAUCAUAUCUGGAGUGGGUCGCAGAGAAACCUCCACUGCACGUUCACCCUGGAAAGAUUUAGCCUGAACACAGUGGAGCUGGUUUGCAAACUCUGCGUGCGACAGGUGGAAGGAGAAGGGCAGAUCUUCCAGCUACACUGCACCGUGUCAGAGGAACCUACUGGCAUCGACCUGCCUCUGUUGGACCCAGCGAGCACCAUCACCACCAUGACGGGACCCGGUGCUUUUAGCAUCCCUCCCCCUAUCCGGCAGAAGCUCUGUAGCAGCCUGGACGCUCCACAGACGAGAGGUCACGACUGGAGGAUGCUGGCCCAUAAGCUGAACCUGGACAGGUACUUGAAUUACUUUGCCACCAAAUCCAGCCCAACUGGUGUAAUCCUGGAUCUCUGGGAAGCACAGAACUUCCCAGAUGGAAACUUGAGCGUGCUGGCGGCUGUCCUGGAAGAAAUGGGAAGACACGAAACAGUAGUGUCUUUAGCAGCAGAAGGGCAGUAUUGACCCAUGCUGGGACUGGAAACGCAAGAUGGGAAUGCACAGGGGGUCUGUGGCCGACCAGGGCAUGGCCAUUGAGAAGGAAAUCCAGAGUAGACCUAGACCGAUGAGUUUCACAGGCAAGACUGCAAGCAGGAGAGAGAAAGCAGACCCAACUGGUGACACACAUGCCCACUACACUCGGACAUCAUCACAGGAGUUAAGAACAAUUGUGUAAAUUUGUACCUUGAAUUUAGAAAUCAACCUAAUUUUCCUCUUAGUUGGGCUGUAUGCUGUGUGGUACAGGAUCUUACAGUUUCCUAGGAAACGCUUUUUAUUGCUAUCCAGGUAUAUGGAUAAACUUUCUUAACAAACCCAAUUUCUACAAACGUUGUUUACAUCAAAUUGGACAGGGAUGCAGACACUGUCCAUGGCUCGUUCUAUUUUUGUUUAAAUCAUUUGAAGUUGAAGCUGUGGACGGUUUGUUGUGUCUAUUUCAGAUUAGUAAUUUACUGAGAAAUCACAGACUUUUGCUACAAAUUGUGUGCAUCAAGUGUCUCAGAUAAUCCUCCCAUCGGUGUUCUGUUUCUAGAACUUGUAGAACCAGUGUUACUGUUUGUAUCAGGGAAGUGGAGAAUCUAAGCCUAAAGGAGAAAGAAGGAAGAUUCCUUACUCCUUGAGGGUGCGCGAUGGGCACCCUCUGGGAAUAAAGCUGUAGCAUUGCAGGGAAGACAGUGAUUCAUGGUCAGCCACACAAACAAGCAUUUCUUCACCACAUGUGUGUUUAUAAGAUGCAAUUUGAAGUUUUUUUUUUAUUAAGGUAUCAUUAUUAUCAUUAUUAUUAUUGAUGAGUAUUUACAAGUAUUCUAGUAAAAGGAUUUUCUUUUAAAUUCUGUUUUUCUUAGCAGUGCUGUUAGUAUUUAGAUAUUGACUAGACCUUCCUCACCUUCUGACAUAAUCAGGUGGGUGUGGUCACCAAUUUAAUGAAACAGGCUUUGCUUCCUUGACCUUCUCUCUUUCUUGUAUCCCUCUGCCCCAGAAACGAAGUCAAUGCUUGCUGGCUUUGUCAGUCUCUUCUUUAAGCUGGCUCUGGCAAGGUCUUUUUCCUCCAAGUCUUGUUGUGGGAAGCGUUCUCUACUAAAGUUCACAAACUAUUAUUAAUAUUGCUGUUCUGUGACUGCACACUGACUCCCCCUGGGGCAGUGUGCUCAGAGGAACAGCCUCUGAACUGGCAACUGGAAAACCAGUUCUCACUCUGGGUUUGUUAUUGUCUAGGUGUGUUACCCCGGGAAAGUUCUCUAGCCUCCCUGAACCUCAGUUCUCUCACGUGUCAAAUAGAGGGGGUGGAGGUAGUGGGUAUUCUCUGGGUCCUAAAAUGCUGGACUUCUACUGUGAUGUCUCCAGUCUCAUUCAUCAAUCCGAGGACCACCACGGGCUCUGAUCUGGAUCAUUUAAAGAGUCCACUAGUCUCUUGCCCAGGCUACAAUAGCCUUCUAAACAGUCUCAGCCUGAAAGAGGACGAUUCUAACCUGUAACCUGUUUGUCAGGCUUUCAAGCCUUGUCUUUGUGCUGCUUGUCAAGAGACAGCAUCCCUUUAUGUUCAUUUUCUUUUUUCUCUUGGAACCACUUGCCUUCCUGACUGAUGGCAAAUUAUGUUCUGUUAUUGUCUUAAUCAAAUUUUUUUAAAUCAAAAAAAAAAAAUUAACUAGGAAGUAGUCCAAAGACUACUUUGUGUAAACUACGGCAUUUCCUUAGAACUGUCACCGGCUCUUUGUUUUAACCUGGGGACUUAAAUCAUUCAGCAAGUGAGAAAUAAAGGGUAGCCUUUAUUAUUUUAUAAAUAAAGGGUAGCCCAGUAGCCAAACCACAACUGAACAACAAGCACCCAUGUGGAUGAAUCAGAACCUUCAAAACAUGGCUGUGGUUGACUUUUGAGCUGGAGGGUUACAGGUUGCUGACCGCAGUUGAAUUAGAAAUCAUUUUAUAUUUUUUCCUUCUUUACACAUAUGUUUUCUCUUCUGUUUUGGUGACUUCUUGAUUUUCCCAAGACUCCUCCAUCUUCAUCAUUGAGGAACUACUGAUACUUUGGUAUGGAGCCUCUUCUGUCACCCCUUUUGUUCCUUAUCUUCUCUAUUAGGCGUAUAUUCCAUAACCUCUCUCUCUCAGGCCACGCCUGCACCAUAAAUAUAUGUUACACUAAUGUUAAAGGAAGAGAUUGCAGUAAUAAACAAUUUGGUGAUGAUGUUUGUACCGAUGCAUAUUUGACCAAAAGAUAGUAACACUGUAUUCUACAUAAAAAGAUUUUUAAAUAGAUAUUUUUAAGAGGAGGAGGAGGAAAGAGAGCGCUUGUUCAUUACUUCAGUUUGAAAUAAUUUCUCAAGAUUGCUUAUCAUUACUGGUUUGGGAGCUGUCAUCUAUGGAAAUCAAGAAUUAGAAGUCUGAAGGAUGCUCAAAGGAACUUCCAUGCCUAGUGAAAAGGGAAGAGUGGUUAAUUCCUUAUAAGUGAGGUACUCAUCUGUCAUGGAACCUGUUAUGCUCCCCAUCAGGUGAAUGGCAACUCCCUUACAUACAACACAUCCUUUAUGUCAAAUAAUUUUCACUACGAAUUCUGAUUUCCUUCUCCUUUGGAGGAAAAUAAUAGCUGUUAGAUUGCUCUCAAACUUAGAAGGUCCAGACCCAACAGUUCAUUUCACAGAGAGCCACUUCAUCAUUCUUUGUGACAUGUCCCACCUUUGAUUCCUAGGGCUUCUAUAUAGCUUAUGGGGAAGGACAUGCUUACUUCAUUUGGAUGGGAGGGGAGGGUGGGGGGGGUGGAAAACCACCUAUCACUUGUGCAUGGUGCCAUCUAGUGGUGCCCAACAAAAUCUACCCUGAGUUUAACAAUUUACUAAAAGUUGUUUGACAAAGGGAAUUAAUAGCUAAAGAGUCAACAGGACUUUAUGACAGAUAGAUGUGGGUAAAUUUUCACCUCAAAUAUACAUUUUCUUAUUGUCACAAUUUUUUACUUAAAUUACCCAUAGCAAAAUUACACUGAGGCGAGUAUGUUAUCAACUCCUUCACACACAAUAGGUCUCAAGUUGGUUUUUGGUAAUAGAAAUGAUAGAAAUACAUAAGUAUCUGUAUAAAACACUUUCUGAAGAGUUGUCAUUUUGAACAUUUACAUUUUUGAUUGGGCUCUAUAUGUUUUCAGUCUUCUUACUUUUAGUUCUCUAAUAUUUAUUUUUGGAAAUGUAAGAAAGCAUUCACUUUGAAAUGUUUUAUAGAUGCAAGUGAGAGAACUGUAUCUAAGGAAGCAAGAAUUGUAAUUACUAAUCCAGGACUAGAAAGAAGCUUCCUUUCUUCUGAGUUUGCCUGUCUAAGGGCAGAGGUUUCAUCAUAUUUUCAUUUUCUUCUCACCACAUUCAUUCAGUUUUCCUUAGAGUGAUCUGGAAGGAAUAGACAUUAGAUUCAGAAUUGGUGACUGGACUCACGGUGAUGACAAACAUAUAACAGCUAACAGCCUUUUCACAAACUGUGUGGACACGAACCUGGAUACUCACCUCCACUAAAAGGAAGAAUCCCCAUCCUCACAUGAUCAAUAUAAGCUCUUCCAAGGCAGGGCAACAUUUUGGGUCAGGUAUCCAAUAUUAAACUGUAUGACCAUUGCCCAUUUUCAUGUAUGCAAUUAUUUUAGAGAUUUUACUCUCUCAACUUUCAAACAGUAGAGCCAUUCUUUAGGAAGAAGUCAUGGAGUCUGAGUUUAGGACACUCUUGAAAUUAGACAUUUUGUGAUUUUUUUUAAAGCUAUUUCUCCUAUAAGUUAGAUACCUUCAAAGUAAGCAUUCAGAUGGUGGAAUCCAUUUUACUUCUGGAGAGGAGCAAACAAGGCUCUCAUCUUAUGUAUCCCCAUGCGUAUCACUGUCAGGGCCACAGCAGCUAUGCUUUUGGUCCAUUUUUGUCAGCAGCGUGUGAGGAAGGGAGCCAGUAAAGGUGAUCACUAACUUCCCAGAAUUCACAAGCCUUUGCCAGUAUAAGGUCUGUCCCCAUGGGGCCAAGCAAAUAAAAACUAUGUAAGGACCUGCAAAACGAGUGUAAAGAAAGUAGAAAAAGUUUACAUGUUGAAUUUUCAGUCUUCAAGUUGAAUGUGAGCUUUAGCUUUUGCUGAGCAGUUGCUCUGGACAAGUUACCCGUUUCACACAGAGACCUCAGUGCAAGUCCAAGGCCAAUGAGGGAAAGGAUGACCAUGCAAACAGCUGAAAUGAAACUAGGUUUUAUCCAUCUUCUUUGAGAAUAGACGAGCUUUUGUGAUUCAGAAUAUUGUUGCUAAAAGCCAAUUAUUUGUAAAGAUGAUAGUGGUCAAUGAGCAUUAGAUUUUAUAGAUCCGAUAAGGCAAAUAUUUUUAUUAUUAAUUAUCUCAAGGUAAUAAAACUUUUUUUACCUUCCGAGUGCCUCAUGGGACCAACUAUUACACUCUGGGUUUUUGUUUUUGUGAGUUUUUUUUUUUUUUUUUAACCUUACUGAGCUAAUGUUGACUAAAAUCCUUAGAUCUUUGCCUCUGUGCAAUGAAGUGCUGUUUCUCUACCCUAAGAAACCUAUUUGUAUAAUCUCUGGCUGUAAUUAUCACUUUGAAAGAUUUCCCUUGCAUCUGUAAUGAUUUUUUUUUUUUUUUUAUGGAAUAAGGCAUAAGGGGAAUAAAUACAUUGCAACCAAUGUUAAUGUAGACCUGUGACCCUACAGGUCAAGUUAGCCAAAUGGAGUCAUAGGUAUUUCCAGAAUUCAUGCCUGAAACCUGCUAUUUUUGAAAAGCAGGUAGAUGACAUUGUAGGUCACUGGAUACAUUUUCCCUGCGAGCUAGGACUGACAAUUUACUUCCCGACCCAUCAGAGUAAUUGGCCCUGUGAUCACUCCCAUUGUCAGAAAUCCAGCCUCUAAAAAAAAAAAAAAAAAAAAAAAAAAAAAUCUGUCUUCAAAAGAGUUCACGGUUCCCCACUUUUCCAGUAGGCUUGUCUCCUCCCUGUAUCAAUUUUUGGUGGGAUAUUAAUGAUCUCCACUCAACCAAAUGUAAUAUAUGCCCCUAGACCUAUUUUAGAGUGGUUGAGGGAGGCAUCACCAGUACAAACCAACAGGAACUCUACAAGGGACCAGAACCAUGCAACCCUAAGAGGCCGUUUCCCAGCUGGCUGUGUUCUGAGACUCUCGGGUAUUGAAGAGUUCUUCCAGAAUCACAAAUUGGGAAUCUCUGCACAACAUCACAAGAGCUGUGGCCAACCAGUCAUUGAGAACUAAACAAGGAAGCUGCCCCAAAAUACAGUCAGCUGCCCACCAGCCAAAGAGUUUGCUGCUGUAUACCAGCCUCUUCACUUGCCAUUUCAGAUUUGUGCCUCGGCGAAACUAUAAGUUGCCGAAGACCAUGAGACUUCGGGGUCCCUUAUAAAUAUCUUCAAAUUCUAUGUGCCAUCCUUCAAUUCCAAAGAUCUAUUGGAAUUGACACUAUCAGAGCUGCUGUUGAACUUGAUGGCACUGACCCGGAGGGGGGGAACCCUCAUUUCUGGAGUGCAGAAUGUGAACCGUAGGCAGGUGAUCGCUGAGCAGUAGCCUAGGAGUCCAUGAGCCCUUGACCUGUGAACCUCAGCAGUAUGGUGAGGCCACAUCCAGGAAUCACAACCUGAGCUAUCUUCUACAUGUUAAAACAAACCUGUCUUAGAACAGCUUUAAAAAGCAAGAAAUCAAAAGCCAGUGGAAAAUGCCUUUGCCUUUUUAUAUUCUUAAAGUCUCACGUGAUGCCAUCAUAGGGGUAUGAGUUCAAAUGUGUACCCCUCCUGGCCUAGGGUGAAAAGAGGAUGGCAGUCAGAACAAGUUGAGUGAGUGAUUUGCAUUCUCCCCUUCGCUCUUCCCUAGACCUGCCAUUGGUGGUGGAGCCCUUGCCCCCUAGACAGAAUGCAUUUCAGCCCAAUUGCAGGGAAUAUCAUCACUGUGUGUGUGUGUGCGUGUGUGUGUGUGUUGGAUGUCAGUGUUGGAUGUGUCCACCGAGUUUAAUGUUGAGCUGUAGCAAGUUGGUGACCUUCCUCUUUGCUCCUUCUCAAGAAGACAGGUAAUGUUUGCCAGAGAGAGAUCCCCAGGCGUCGGUGUCGAAGAGCCUGUGUCAUCCACCUGCUGUUCCCUUUGGAACAGUUCAACUGCAGAAAUGUCAGAUUGAGAUUUUGUGCUUUGUCACUUUUUUUCUUUUUUGAAACACGACAACACAACUUUGGCUUUUCAGAUACGGAACACUUCUUUUGUUGUGGAGUUCCCUCUUGCUGUAUCUUCUAUGCAAUUCCUUUUCAAGAAAUUUCCUGGCGGAGGAGUGCUCUCCGGGCAUCCCAUCCGCCAUGCCGCUGUGUGGUGGAGGUGAGGGAUGCUAGCUCUGGGUGUGCCUCUUCUCUCUCCCUGCUGCCUCUCCCCAUUUUUUCCUGCAGUCCCUCGGUUUGUAAAUUGCCUGCAUUUAUUCUGUCAGCCAACAUGUACAAAAUGUAAGAAAGAAUUUUUAAACAGGUAAUAAAUUAUAUUUAUAAGCAA